UGUAGGCUGAAAACUUAACCUCGACAAUCCUAUGGUUGCAAAAACUUUAUAAAAAUUUUAUUUUACUGUCGAACAAUAUCGGGAACUUGACACAUUUCUAAUAAAGAUGGAAGCAAAUGUUAUAUCUUGUACUACAUGGGUGAAAAAAGGCGUCGCUGCGGCUGUUCCGGAAAAAGUUGAAUUAAGGCCCGACGAGCUCGAGAAGAUUAUAAAAGAAACGCAAGCCACUUUGAACAAUGACAGUAAUGAUGAUUCUGAUGAAGAGGGAUCCAAAACACGAUCUAAUACAGAGAAGAAAGGAGAAUCUUCGACUGCUGGCAUUGAUGAAUAUAACUUUAAAGCCUAUGAUAAUGAAUCCGGCAAUAUGUAUUGCCACAUUAGUAAUUUAGCCACUUUUGAUGCAAGUGGCAAAGAUCCUCUUAUAACAAACGAUGAAGAAGAUUCAGAUAAGGAGGAUGAUAUUAUCAAAGCUGAUGAUAAUUUAGUUUUGUUUGGGCAUGUUGAGGGAGAUGCUAGCAUCUUGGAAGUAUUUGUAUAUAACGAAACAGAAGGAUCCUUUUAUUGUCAUCAUGAUAUAUUACUACCUUCGUUUCCAUUGUGCAUAGAGUGGCUUAACUAUGAUCCUACCACUCCAAAACCAAGCAAUCUAUGUGCUAUUGGUAGUAUGACUCCCAUAAUUGAAGUAUGGGACUUGGACUUGAUAGACUGCUUAGAACCAGCCUACAAAUUAGGUCGUAAACCAAAUAAAAUGAAGAAACAAAAACGCAUUGGUCACAGAGAUGCAGUUCUAGACGUGUCGUGGAAUCAUAAUUAUACACACGUUCUUGCUAGCGGUUCGGCCGAUCAGACAGUCUUAUUAUGGGACUUGGAAAAUGGUAAACCUGUCAACAAACUAGGUCCGUUCAACGAAAAAGUGCAAACACUAAAAUGGCACCCACAAGAAACUCAUCAGCUAUUAAUAGGAUGCGCCGAUGGACUAGUAAGACUGUACGAUUGUAUGAACGAAGUACCUGUUAUAGAAUGGGAGGCAUUGGGAGAAGUGGAAAGGGUCUUAUGGAAUCAUCAUGACCCAAAUUAUUGUAUUGUUAGCACAAAUAAUGGUUAUAUAGAAUACUUUGAUGUACGAAAACGCAAACCAUUGUGGCAAUUUAAGGCUCAUGAAAAAGAAGUCACAGGUCUUUCUCUUAGUACCUCAUGCCGAGAUCUAUUAGUCUCUUGUUCGAACGAUGGUGUAAUAAAAAUAUGGGAUAUAGACCAAGAAUCUCCUACUCUUAUAUGGGAACAGACGAGUAAUUUGGGCGCUAUACAAUGCCUCGCAGCGAAUCCAGAUAAUGGAUUUAUAUUCACUGUUGGCGGAGAUAAUAAGGAGCACAAUUUUAAAGUGUUGAAUAUUAUGGAGAUACCUACGGUGCGAGAGAGAUUUGUGAAACGCGUUGUAUCGAAAACUUUGGCAGAAUCUCGGCAAGAAGAGACGAUGGACGUCACCGAAGAUAUGGAAAAUAUGGAAAUUGAAAAUCAGGAAUCGUCAAGCAUAAAAGAAAUAAAAAAAGAGAUAAAAAAAGAAAAGGAUACAUAUUAG